AUGGCUGCUUCGGCUAAUAGAUCAAGUGCUAUGAAGGACGAUUUACAAAAGGAAUUUCGUUUAUUUGAUACAAACAACGAUGGAUUCAUUGAUAAAAAUGAAUUAAAAUUGGUUUUAAAAAAACUUUUACCUAAAUUCAAAUUACCUGAUGAUGAAAUUAAACGAAUGAUUUCAAAUGUUGAUAGAAAUAAUGAUGGAAAAAUCGACUAUCAUGAAUUUAUGGAAUCAAUUUAUCCGCAAUUAUCAACAAUACAAUAA